AUGUUUGUUUCGCGGAAAGGCGGCAGAAGAAGAAUUAACCUAGACCCGAUGGGCAGAAUGCGAUUGAGAUUCAAAUAUCGAAUCGGUCGUGGAUGUCGAGCUGGUCAGAUAGUGCUGUGGGGGGAGGAGUGGGAGGAGGGGGCGGAGGGGUCCGGGGUCCGGGGUCCGGGGCGCGAGGCGGGCAGUACUCGGCCGGCGCCGCCCGCGCACUGCCGCGCGUUCAUUGCGCCGCCAAGCGUGCACCGAGCGCCGACCGCUGAGCCGAAAUCCGUGCAUUUCUCGUUUCAUUUUCGCCCACAUCGGGUUUUCGGUUGCGGCAUUACCCGACGUGCAGUUCCAGUGUCCGGUACUACGCGUUCCGUGUACCUCUGUCUCAGUGCACGAGAUGUAUCUUCGGAUGUGAUCCGCGGCCGGUGA